AUGGCAGCGGUGGGUGUAAACCAUCCGGCGCCCUUGAGUGUGGAUUUGAAAAGCCCUCCAGUGGAUGUGAAUGGUCCCAUUGACGCCAGAGAUAUCGAGCUGGUGCAACAGACCUUUGCGCGAGUCGCCAUGUUGGGCAGCAACACGGUGGGAAGGCUGCUUUUUAUGAACAUUUUCAAGAUCGCUCCGGGUGCGGUGAAGCUCUUCCCCUUGGCGAACUGCGAGGCCAACAUGUGGCGGCCUGGCAGCGCCCUGGAGGUGCACGUUUUGAAGGUUGUGGAGACGAUCGCCACCGCUGUGUCGCUGUUAAAGGAUCUAGACACCUUGGUCCCAAUCCUCCAAGAACUUGGCUUAAAGCACGUGGGCUACGGGGUGCAGAAGGCGCACUACGAUGUGGUUGGCCAGGCCUUAAUCGCGACACUUGACGUGACAUUGGGCCGCCACUUUACCGAGCCGGUGAAGAACGCCUACUUGAAGGUGUGGACAGUGAUCAAAGACACCAUGAUCUCUGACAACUACAAGUCCUGA